AUGUUAGCAUGCGAUAAUGAGGAGUCUGUAAACCUCGAUAAUCUCGAUACUCUCUGCUGCGAUGAGGACGUUUCAGUAAUAGAAGGCUCUGAAGAAGAAGUUGUGAGCAUGACUGACAAGCGAAAGGAGCUUGUAACAGAGUUACAAGAGAAAACACAGCAUGUGCAGUCUGAAUGUGAAGCAGAAUACACUGGCAACAUAGUUGCAGAUGAAUUGAACAUCUGUGUUCUAUGUGAUGACACGCAGCCGCCUUUAGAGGAUCCGGAAGAUGAACCUGUUAUGGAAGGCGCGGACAUCCUUUGGUGGUCAUGCACGAGUUGUCGUGCAUGGGUGCACAAAGAUUGCAUGCAGUGUAGGGACUGUCCCGUGUGUGGUGGAGUAUUUGAGCCUACGGGCUAA